AUGGCGCCUAGAAAGGCCCGCAAUCAAGUCGGCGCGAAGCGCGAUGGCAAAACCGGAGGAGGAAGCCGCGGAGGACGUGGUGGUGGGCGCGGCAAGCGCGGUGUAGGUUCUCGUGGGGGAUCUAUCCGUGUUCCGCGGAAGAGAAAGCGCGACAGGGUUGACGACGGCGUACUGGUGGAAGGAGAGGGAGAAACGAACCACGACUAUGAGGGCCUCAUUCGAUUGUUUGACCAGACAACAGCUGCUACUGAGGAUACGUUUGGUAACAUCACUGAUCAGCAUUCUAAGAUGCAUUAUACCAUUAGAUACCCAGAUAAUAGCGCACAUGCAUCCUUCCUCGUCGGCGAGAAGAAAGAAGAAAUGGUCUGGGCCGUUAACCUAUUUGCCCGCUCCACAUCCAUCAACCAAGUCCUCACCAUCGCACCCCGCGACGAUGUCAACCUCCGCGUUGUCGAUCUCUGCGAUGUCCCAGUCCUCCACUUCCGGAUCUACAUCGGCUUCCUCGAUAUCGGCGAGCUACCAACCCACGCGCCUCUAAUGAGAGCCCGCGGGCCGCCAAUUCAGAAAGCCUAUCCGUACACCCCCGCCUCUGUGCUCGAGCUGUACAAAUCCGCCUGUCGCCUCGGCGACCCGCACUUCAGCGAUCGCGUCAUGGACCGUUUCAUCGAGCUGAUCACGACAGCGGAACAAUACGAGCUGGACUUCGCGGACAUCACCGCGCUGUACAACAGCCCGGCCCGAGAGUUUGCCGGCCGGCUGCUCUUCGUCGACCUUGUUGCGGCCGCGCCGGGAGGCCUGGAUGAGGCGGAACAGAAGGCGGAUCAGCUCCCGUCUGCAUUUGCCCUCCAGCUUGCGAGGCGUGUUAGGGAGCUUGCGGGAUUGCCGCAGGGUGCUGCGGCGGCAUGGGCAGGUCCUCCGGAGGCUUGGUGCAGGUAUCAUGAACAUACAAGGGUAGGCGGAUCGUGCUGGCGUGAAACACAUGCGGAAAGUCAGGUGGCGCCGGCUGAGGUGGCGAGUGAGAGCCAUGAUGCUGGUGAAGGUGCGGAAGCAGAUGAGAAUGUGGAAGAGGGAGUGAAAGAUGCAGAAGAAGAGCCGAAGGACGGAGAAGAAGGUGCGAAAGAUGUAGAAGAGGAGGUGAAAGAUGCCAAGCAAGAGGGAGUGGAAGACGCCAAGCGGGAGGAGGAUACAGAGGGUCAGCAGCAAAAGACUCCACAUCCCGAUGAAGAAGGCCCCCGGCGGGACAGUGCCCGCUACGAUUAA